AUUCUACUCUUAACCUUUUCAAACGUUAAGUUACGCCGCUGACUUGUAGCUGCAUCGUAGACUGUGGCUACAUUAAAUACCUUGCAGUGUGUGCAACGUAUUUUGAUCGUUGAUCUUUGAAGUUGUUAACGUCCGCACUCAAUUGUCUCUAUGAAGCGCAACUGUUUGUGCUAGAGAAGCCAAAGCAUUUUAAGUUAAAAGUGUUUGUGAUAGUGAAAUUGUGAUAUCUACGAACUGAAUUGUGCAGUGACACAUUCCCGUAACGUGCCCAGUGUUCGACAGAACAUAAAAUGUGCGUUGCUGUAGUUGGAACAUAAAGUUGUUUUUAUAUUUUAACUGCUAACAUGUACGUUUUUAGUGCAACUAGUACAUACACUGAGUUAUGCUGCCUAUGUAGUGUUCCUAUGAAGACGUGUGUAUAAAUAAGUGAGCGAAACAUAAUUGUUGAAUGUUUCCUAGAUAUGUAUCAGGACUCUAUAAAGUAUACGUAUGUGACAAACGGUAGGGUGUUUAAUGAAUUGUACAAUUGUGAAUAGCACAAAAAAUUCGCGGGUGAGAAGUUUAUGCGUUAGACGACAUCCCAUAAACACGAAUGAUUCAAAGGUUCAUGGAAUCAAAGGCAUGGUGGGACGGGGUGGGUGGUAGAGAAUUAGAAAAUUGUUAAAACCCUGUGCUAGAAACAGUGGAAAGUGUAUAUAGAAAUCGCUUGAAUAUGUUAAUUAUGUUACGGCUUGCUGUUAAGAUACGAGUUUUAUAAAAUUUUAAGACGUCUACUGGUGUUAUGGAAGAAACUAAUAUGACACCCAGGAACAAAUUGCGGGGUUCGAAUUCGAUGGGAAUGGGUAGCUUCAGCAUACAAGGACGUACCUAUGGCUCACAAGGAUCAAUAAACAACUUCCAUUCUGUGUUCAAUGGUGGCGGCGACACCGGUUCGCCUCCUGUGCUUGAUUUAUCGGAGUUUCCCUCUCUGACCAACAGAGGGCAACCUGAGCCCGUACCUCAGCCAAGUCCGAUGCAGAGCAAACAAACAUAUGGGAGGCCACUUAGGGCGGCAUUAAAUCCCACCAAGAGCUCACAUACUGAUAACAGUCCAGCGUUGAUGCGCCAUAGUCCAGAGGUUAACACAGGUGGAGCAACGAGAUUACACAAGCCAAAAGGGGCACGACCAGUCAGAUCGACAAUAAAUCCAUCCAAAAAUUGUCACUCUGAGCACAUUCCAGGCCUCACCUCUCAGAGCCAGGACAUCGACAUGGGAAGAGCAUCUGCAAGUAGACUGUUGAAAAACCAAGUAACUGUGGUGAAGGCACCACCAUCAGAAACAAAUGAAUUUACAAUGAGCUCGGAGGACUUCCCUGCACUGCCUGGUACUCAGAGGACAGAAGGACCAUCUCCCGGUGGAAGUUUAUCAGUGGAAAAGAAUCUCUCUGUAUCGAAUUCAGAUAUUGGACAAGAAACAACUGUUGGAAAUAGGGCACCUGGUGCUGAGAAGUCGCAGACCAAAAGAGGAAUACAAACAUCCCCUGAUGGUAAAGUGACGAGGAUCCCGGGAAGUAUGGUCAAGGACCAAUUUGGUAUGGUUGGUCUUCUAACAUUUAUUAGGGCCGCAGAAACAGAUCCUAAUUUGGUUUCCUUAGCCCUGGGUCAAGAUUUGACUGCACUUGGUUUGAAUUUGAACUCACCUGACAAUCUGUACCCUAACUUUGGAGGGCCGUGGGCAGAAACACCGUGCCGACCUCAGGAUAUUGAUUUCCAUGUGCCUCCUGAAUAUCUUAUUAACCCUAAUAUAAGAGACAAACUGGGUCCAGUGAAAUUGAACCGGUACAAAGAUGACUUGUUGUUUUAUAUGUUUUAUACAAACAUUGGUGAUGUGGCACAGUUGGCUGCAGCAACAGAGUUGUACAACAGGGAGUGGCGGUAUCACACAGAAGAGAAGGUUUGGAUUACACAAGCACCAGGAAUGGGAGCUGUUGAAAAGACUUCGACAUACGAACGUGGUACAUAUUUCUUUUUUGAUGCACAAAAUUGGCGAAAAGUGGCUAAGGAAUUUCACCUUGACUACAAUAAGCUGGAGGGCAGACCUCAAAUGCCAUCAACGAUUAAUCAGUCCCAAACUGUCAUGUAAUUUCAUUUUAUAAAUAUAUAUUUUUGAAUAAAAUAUGCAAAAAUAGUAAUAUAUGUGGACACUGUAAGUAUGCAAGAGAAAAUGAAGUAAGAGGCACAGCAAAAGCGGAUUUCUAUUUUCUGAGUGCGUUUUUAUCUUUUAAUGUCACAUUCUACAUGAUUCGUCGGGUGUGGCUCUCAGCGUAACAUUGCCAGAAGUGUACUGUGUAAUACAUAAUUGUAUGUACAAGAGUAGUGAUCUGCAGACUGGUAUCAUGUUCAACAAAAGGAAGAAAGGACUUAUUUUCCUUCAGUUAUGUUGUCAAUAUUUUGAUUAGUUCAGUUUUGUAUGUUUUGUUUUAUUUCAUUUCUUAAUUGUGUUGUUUGUAUGAGAACCUGUUUACAACAUUCAUGUAUAUGUACAUAUUGUAUGUCGAGCUGUCUCUAAAAUUUGAGACAGCCAGAAUCGUGAACUUAUUAUAUGCGUUUAAAUGGUUAUUGUUAUGAAGAAUCCUGAAUAUUUUAUUUUUCCCUUGUAACAAAGAUUUUUUUUACAUAUCUUUACUGUAACUUCUACUUAUGUGACUGACCUGCUUUAAUCAAGCUAAUAUCUGAAACACAAGCAGAGACAGUAGUCAUGUGCUUUUAGAUUUGGAUUGUGCACAUGAUACUCUUCAAGUUCUACUGUAACAUCUGACUCUCUUCCUCAUUGUUGCUAAAUACAUUCUUUGUCUGUGCCUGAUGAACUAUAAAUUUUAUUUGUCAAUCCAAAAUGUAUGUGGAGGGCCUUCAUUUUGACAUAAUAGUAAAAUUUCACUUCUAAUUUAUUGUUUCUCAUCACAGUGGAAAUAAUAUUUAGUUUGUGUCCCUUCCAAAGCCUACUUUUGAAGCAGAUUUUCAAAAACCACUCAGGUACAAAACAUCUUUAAUUAUUCAGUUUUGAUGACUUUGCCUGGAAGAAUAUGUGCUGUUCUAUUAUGACAAUAUUAUGAAAAGGAAAGAUUGCUACUCCCUGUAUCAAGGAGACGUUGAAUCGCAGACAUACACAACAGACUACCAUACUUGUUAAACUUUUGGCCAAAAGGCCUUUUUCUAAAGUAAAAACACCAUGCAAGCACAACUUGCAUAUGCAAAUGAUGAUUGUGGCAACUGAAGCCUCAGUGGCCAGACACAGUGGUCGCCUGCAUGCGGGCGCCUUACUUUAAAGGAAGGCCUUUUGGCCAAAAUCAAAAUCUUUUCAUUGUGUAUGUCUGCAUCUCAACAGCUCCUCUAUAUGCUGAGUAGCAAUCUUUCCUUUGCAUAAUAUUCUCAUUAUUCCAUCCUGGAUUUUUCAUUGUUUGCUGUUCUAGAAUUGUUCACUACUGUUAGUGAUGGUAUUUUUCACUUCUUACCUGUGGUAAUUUAAUUUUUUUUUUUUCCGUGGAUUGUAAUGCAUUCAGUUGUUUGUAAAGCUCAGUACAAAAAUGAGGUAACAGUUGCUUAAAAUAUCAGUCAAGUCACUUUCAUAUCUUUACAUGCAGAAUUUAUUCCUGUAAAUUGAGUGCUCGCUCUUUGCACCACAACCACCACCACCACCACCAACAACAACAACAACAACAACAACAACAACAACGCAGUGCUCUGUUGCCUUACUAAGGACUCAGUGGUGCACAUGUCAUCUUACACUUCCCAAUGAGAGGGAAGACAGUGUCACCAUGUUUGUGAAUUAUACGGCUGUGUAACAGUAUUCUGCCAUGCUACUAUAUUUAUGAAAUAUUUAUUUGAGAUGGAAAAAACCCUGUCAAAUUUUACAUAUUUGUGCAAAGAAAAGUGCCUAAAAUGGGCCACUGCUCUGCAUACUCAGCCUGCUCCACACACUCAGUCUUUUCUACAUGGCACAAUAAUAGCAAGGAGAUCUUAAACUGUCUUGAUAUAUCAGUAAUGGGGUUAUCCUACACAAAACCAUUUUAGCUUGCAGGUUAACAAUGUGGAUAUAUUCAACACGGAAAAUACCUACACUGUGAAAAGUUUUUCGUGUACAAUGCCACCAUCCAUACCAUGGAAAUAUGGUGGUAAACAUUUGGUGACAAAACUAAAGUGCCUGUUUUUUAAUGUAAGAUACAAUAUAUAUGUUCAUAAACUACAGGUAAUGAAGUAAAUGCUCACUCUUGACAACCACCUCAAACCGUGAAGUUUCAACUAGUAAAAAAAUCUACAAAAAAAAUAUACCAGUAUUUAACUAUUGGAAGUUAUAGUGAGGCUAUUGUUAUUGAAAUACUGCAGCUUGUUGUAGCUGCUCUCUCUCUCUCUCUCUCUCUCUCUCUCUCUCUCUCUCUCUCUCUCUCUCUCUCUCUCCCCCCCCCCUCCCCCCUCUUUUCUACCCCCAUCCCUCUCUCACAUUAUCUGUAACAGUAUCUCUCUCUUGACUGCAACUGUUGUCUUUUUGAUUUUUAUGUCUGGUUAUGGUAAUUAUGUUAAAUUAUCUUGAACAUCCGUAAUUAUGUGAUGAGUGUUUAAUACAGAUAAAAGAAUUUUUGUUAUAUGGGAUGUUUUGUGUGAUGUGGAUUUAUUGUGUUGUUACUUAUGUGUAUUAUGUCUGUCACAGGUAGUUUACCUGUAACUGUGGAGUUACUGAUCUCUUCCCAUUGGCUAUCAUUAUUUUCAUUGGCUUACUUUUUUUCCCUAUGACCUAUCUUGCACAUCUAGUACUAAACAGCUAUGUGGGUUUAUUCUCAGACCAUUUUUAAUGUUUAAUAAAUACAUUUGCAUAUGGCGGUUGAACUAUUGUGAGAUUAUACAAUUUGCACACUUUUUAUUUUUGUCUUAAAUACUCCAAUGUAGCAGGCGCAAAGGAUUAUUAUUGGACAGUGUGUGGUGUUUAACAGUGUUCUGUGCAAAAAAAAAUUGAAUGAAGAAGCAGUUUCCAAUCCAUCAGUCACCAUCUACACCGCCUGGUGGAGGCACUUGCAAAUUUGUCUAAAAGGAACUUUGGUGGAUGCAUGUGUGUUAAGAAUAGCAAAUGGUCAUGAGGGAGGUGAAGCUACUCCUCACUUCAUGUGGCAAACCUUAUUUAUUGUGAAACUUACUCAGAAAAGUAUUUUGCAUCCCUCUAGAAAUAGCAAAAAAGUGUGCAAAUAGUACUGGUGACACUCCUUAUUAAAUUUGAAUGUUGAAGACUGUUUCAUUUAAUGUGAAGAUUAAUUAGGAUGCACAUGUGAUGUCUAAAAUAUGCAUUAGGUAAAAAGGUUAUGCUAUUGAUAUAAUGGUACCAAUGGAUUAUUGAAGUGACCUAACUUUUGUCAUGUACGUUAAAAAUUUUGUUACUAUUCAUCAGAUGACUGUAUUAGGCAUUGAUCCCUCUUUGAUCAUGUUAUUUGUAGUGCAUUCUUUUGCCAACUCAGUGUUCUUGUGUUAUCAGUUUAGUGAAUGCUUCCUGUGUUGUUAUGUGCUUAUGUUAGCUGUUGUCAGUUGAUCAUUGACAAUAAGUUACACAUCACAAUAUAAAACAUUACUUGUAAUAAAUCUGUUGAAUCCUAUAAUCAUAACGGGUAGACUAAGUAAUUAUGAUUGUUUCUAGUCGUGGUAUGUAGUUACAAUAUCCAUUACAGUACUGCAAAUCAAAAAGACAACAGAGAAGUGGUUAUCUACGAAGGAGCAUAGGAAUCAGUGUUAAGUUUAUUUGGAAAAUAAUGAGAUACACAGGAUUCUUGCCACCAGCAACAUAACUUCAUUGGAUUCAUUAUAUAGAGUUUGAAGUUUUCAGUUACAGCUUGAAUUGUGUGUCUGAAAUAAUGCUUAUAAUGCCACACACUAUUACCACUCAAAAAUGUUUAGGUUUAUGUUUAGGUUUACGUUGGCCAUCAACAGUGUUCACUAAUUUGUGUCAAUAGUGUUGAUAGUUCACUGCAAAAUUGUUGCGUAAUUUUAUGUCAACCAGUCCUUAAAUUUUGUAAGAAUCUGGGCAAUGAUUUUCUGUACUUCAGACACACAUUAUGAAGAAAUUAGUCACUCUCAAAGUCAGAGUCAUGUGUUAUCUUUAUUUGGUUUAUACACACUGGUGUUAACAUAAGUGAUACAUAACUUGUAUAAAAGAAAUUACAUGACCCAGUUUCAUUCUCAAUAAAUAAUUACGAUUUUUAAAGAAAACUAAUUGACCACAAAAAGAACUGUGCAAGUUGUGACAAGUUUGUACAAGCCCUAUUAGAUUUCUACAGGGAUGUUGACACUUUGAUAGUAAGUUUUCAAUAUUAAAAUAGUCACUCAAACAAGUAUGUAACUCAAAGUGUCAAUUUUCAGUGACAAUUGUAAAAUGUUUUACUGCAACACUCUUACUUGUGAAAAGCAUCAACAUGAAAGGUGAAGACAUAUUCUUCUCAUCAUCUCCAUUCUAUCAUUCAAGCUAGAAUGGGUGAUGUAUUGAGUAAUAGUGGCAGACAGUGAUUUUGUAGAGUGUAGUUAUGAAGAAAGUGACAGAGGUGCACCAAAAUGCAUGGGGACUAUAAUGGGGAAAAAUACAGUAUUUGAACUAGAACAUCAUGACAGUUUCUCUGCAAACAUAGAUCAAAAAGGUAGAUAAGGACAAAAUGAAUGUAAAAAUAAUUGUGUAAGUUUAAUAACAUACACUUCAUUGUUAGAAAUCUGCUGUGCACAGUAUUUGGUGAACAGUAAAUUACCAAAAUUUAUAUGUUUUUAGUAAAUACAAAUAUUUUUUAAAAUGGA